UUUGCAGGACGCCCGCCGUGCCAAAACCACCAAAAUCCACUGAAAAGACAACCAAUGAUACACAACAAAGCAACGUUCCCGUCGGUCUGAUAGCAGCUUUGAUAUUGCUAUGCGUCCUGAUAGCAGCAUUGAUAUUUCUUUGGGUGAAAUAUCGUAAACGAGAGAAAAAGCGGCGCAACCGACGGAUCAUGGCUGAAGCUUCUGAAGCUGAUACGGAGAGUAACGGUCAAACCAUUUCACGUGAUACUAGUAAAGAUCUCAACAAAUCAGAAUCCGAAAACUUACUGUAUCCUACAUCUGGUCACAGUAAUUCGGUAGAAGAAAGUUUGCCAUCACCAAUAUCGGAUACAUACGAUGAAACUUCUGAAACUAAAAAGUGUCUCGAUCCUAUUGAAGAGGAUGGAAAUCAAGACGGUAAGCUACUAUUUACUAGUUUCGACUCAACAACAGCUACGGAGAUGUGUUUGAACCUGGAACCGUCUGGUUGUGUAGCCAACAUGUUAGCGACACAGCCACAUCUGUGUACCUAUGUUGACAUUUGUGACUGUCACCAAAAUGAAGUACAG